AUGUUCACCACUAAUAAAGAAGUCACUUGUUUUAUGUUUGUAUCCUAUUUUACUUCCCUACCUUCUGUUGCCCCUGCUGUUCUGCAUGCCCUUUGUACUGUGUGUGUGUGUGUGUGUGUGUGUGUGUGUGUGUGUGUGCGUGCGUGCGUGCGUUCACUGGGAACACUGCAAGAAGAAAGAAGGAUGAAGGUGACCAUCUUGCUGGCUAUGCUGGUGUCCGCUGUGCUCAGCAGUGACCAGUUCUCUGGACAUCAGGAGGAACCCAGUCAUGAGCUUUCGCUGGUGAAGUUUGGUGCCCUCUGCAGUGGGAACCCUACAAAUAAGAAGAGAGGCUGUGAUUUUACGGGCUGUGGAGGUUAUGGAGCGAAACGAACACAUGGGACACACAAGGGCCUUGAUAUUGUGUGCAAUGAUGGAGCUACAGUGUACGCACCAUUUGAUGUAAAGUUGAAUGGCAAAGCUUUUCCGUAUGGCAGACCUGCCAUUCCAGAGAAGCUCAUCAAUGAUGGUGUUAAUCUCAGCGGUGGAGGUCUGUGCUUCAAGCUGUUCUACAUGAGGCCUGACAGAUACAGAGGCUCCUUUAAGAAGGGCCAGAGGAUCGGCACACUUCUCCCCAUGCAGAGGGUCUACCGGGAUAUAACAUUGCACAUCCACGUCCAGAUGUGUGACCGCUCCGACCCCACCAAGUAUUUCUGA